AUGUUGACAUCAAAAAGCAAUUCCUCUAUGCACUUAUUUGUUGAUGGUACUUUUAUCAUAAGAUUUAUUAGGUUUGAUAAAUCCCAAAGAAUACAUUUCAGAUAAAGAAAGUGCUAAACAAUUUUACAAACAAAGUAAUGUAUUUUAAAUAUUCUGUAAGGUUAAAUACUUCUAUAGUUAUCCAGAUUGGAUGAAGCAAUGCAAUACAUAAAUUAGGCAAUCCAUCUUGAUCCUUAAUUUGAAGAUGCAUAUUAUUUAAGAGGUAUUUUGUGCCGAAUUAUCAUGUAGGAGAUAUAUAUCGAUUAGAGAAGAAUCUGGAGGAGGCGUUGAAAAAUUAUGAAGAAUGUGUCAAACUAAAAACCUAGUAAUAUUUUGUUUACUACAAUAUAGGUAUCAUAAUGUAGUAGAUUUAAGGCUUAAUAUUAAACGAGAUGAAUAGAAAAGAAGAUGCGGUCAAGAACUUCGACAUUUCAUUACAAUGCAAAAUUAAAUACGAAACUUUAAUCAAUAAAGGAAUUUUAUGUUUAGAAUUAUCCAGAUACGAAGAGUGCAUUAAAAUAUAUGAUCUGGCAAUAUCAUUACAACCAGAUUGCCAUAUAGGUUAUUACAGUAAAGGUAAUUUCCAGACAAUAAAUUAGGAUUCACCUUAUUUAAAUUAUCUAAAUAUGAAGAGUCAAUAGAAAAUUACAACAAAGCCCUGAGACUCAAUCCACUUUUGACUAAUGGAUUUAAUAACAGAGGUAUUUGUACUAUAGUAAGUGUAGCUGUAUCAUUGUGCAAAAUUAAUAAGAUAAAUGAAGCUAUCGACAAUUUAAAUUAAGGAUUAAAAAUAUCUAAAAAUGACCCUGUGAUUGUCUUUAAUUUAACAAAAUUAUAUAGAUUAACCAACAAACCUGAAAAGUACAAUGAAUUGAGAGAGAAAAUUAAAAAUGUCUAACCUCAAUGGCAAGAAUUGUUAAUCAUAGAAGAAAUAGAGAAAUCACUACAGGAAGCAAAAACUGAACUUCAAUUUAUACUAGCCUCGAAUGAAAACUUAUUUGAUUAAAAAUUUUCUGAAUUCAAAACUCGAUUAGAUAUGGAAUAUCGAAAUCUUUGGAACUAUGACUUAGAAUUUGAGAAAGCGAGUUCUUCAUUCUCUUACAAAGAUAAAGAGAAAAUAGAAUAAAUAGUUUAAGAAUCAUUAAAUACUGAGGAGUCCAUAAUUAAACAUUAACUACUUUCACUUGAAAACCGAAUUUACUUUUAAUCAUUAUAUUGGAGAUUAUCAAAUUAUAUUAAGGUUGCUUAAAGAAUGUACACAUUUAGUGGAAGCAAGAGAGUAUAAGACUGUAUAAAGGAUGUGAAUCAAUCUCUAAAAUCUUUGCUUCCUGUAGAACUAGACAAGAUGCUAUUUGAAAACAAAAAGCUAAAAUAUUAGAAGACAUAGAGCACACUUUCAUCUUUUAUUGUCCAGAGCAAGGGUUAAGAUACUCAUAUUAGAUUAAUAAGAGACAAAUUAAGAAAAGCAAGUAAAAAAGUAUCAGCAACAAAACCAUUUACAAUUUCAAAAUCGUAGGAUAUUUAAAAGUCCUCUCUAUUCUCUAAUAAAAAGAGCAUAUCUGAAUUUAACAGUCAAAUUAAUAAUAAUGCAUAAACUUUUAUCGAGUAUCUUCCUAUUAAAAUAUCAGAAAAUGUCAUUAAUGAGAUAAAUUUAAGUUUAGGGAUGACCUCUUUUUCUGAUUAAAAAAUUGGAUAGAUAUUAAAAGUAUUUGCUAAUAAAACAAAAAAUGAAGAAUAGUUGGAAGUUGAAAUAUAGAUGGCUGUAUUUCUAAUGUCCAAAUCUGUUUCAGAGAUUAGAUCCUUAAAUGAAAAUGUUGAAAAUAUUCUCAAAUUCGAAUAAAUGAGCAAUCCUAAUUUAUCCUAUAUUUCUGGUUAAAAAUGGAUGAUUGGAAUAGAUGAUACAAUUUAAGUAUUAAAAUAUUUCCAAGAGUAAUAUAAAGCACUUAUUGAUCCUCAAUCAUCUCAAUUACAUUUCUAAAUUCUUGCAAGUUAGAACUAUUCAACAAAACCAAAAGUCUCUUCUUCAAAUAAAAGCAAGGAAGUUGAAAGAACUUAAGAAAGUUGUGCAUGUUUGAUAUUUUGA